GUCCUUGUUCCAAGGGCACCGGGACCCCCCGCGGCGCGGGGCCCCCCCCGGGCUCGGCCCCCCCCGUCCCCGCGGGCGCUGCCCAUGGGCCGGGCAGGAUGCCGGUGCGGAGGGGGCACGUGGCCCCCCAAAACACCUUCCUGGACACCAUCAUCCGCAAGUUCGAAGGGCAGAGCCGCAAGUUCAUCAUCGCCAACGCGCGGGUGGAGAACUGCGCCGUGAUCUACUGCAACGACGGCUUCUGCCAGCUGUGCGGCUACUCGCGCGCCGAGGUGAUGCAGAAACCCAGCACCUGCGACUUCCUCCACGGGCCCCGCACGCAGCGCGGCGCCGCCGCCCAGAUCGCCCAGGCGCUGCUGGGCGCCGAGGAGCGCAAGGUGGAGAUCUGCUUCUACCGCAAGGACGGCAGCUGCUUCCUGUGCCUGGUGGACGUGGUGCCGGUCAAGAACGAGGAUGGGGCCGUCAUCAUGUUCAUCCUCAACUUCGAGGUGGUGAUGGAGAAGGAGAACCUGGGCUCGCCCGACAAGGACACCAACCACUGGGUCACCCCCGCCACCUGGUUCCCUGCAGGGCGCAGCAAGUCCUUGCGGCUGAAGCUGCCGGCGCUGCUGGCGCUGGCGGGCAGCAAGCAGUCGCUGCCGCCGGAGCCGCCCGAUGCCGCUGUCGUCGUCGACUUCUCCAAGCAGAGCAGCGACUCGGGCCCCGAGGAGGCCACGUCGUCGCUGGAGCCCCUGGGCGGCCCCUUGGGGGGGACCCAAGGCGAGGACGAGGCGGCGCUGAUGGGGGACGAGCCCCCUGUCACCCACUCGUCGCCGCGUGGCGACCGCCUGGCGCUGCACGCCGCCUUCUCCAACUGCAGCCUGGUGCGCAGCCGCUCGCGCGAGAGCGUGCACAGCGUGCGCCGCGCCUCCUCCGUCGAUGACAUCGAGGCCAUGAAGGGCGAGGGCGACAAGCGCUGCCACAACCGCCACGCCAGCACCGGCGCAGGCAUGCACCGCGGCUCCAGCACCGGGGCCAUGAACAACGUGCGGAGCGCGCUGCUCAACUCGACGUCGGACUCGGACCUGGUGCGGUACCGCGCCAUCAGCCGCAUCCCCCAGAUCACCCUCAACUUCGUGGACUUCAAGGCUGACGCCUUCUUGGCCGCUCCCCCCGGCGAGAAGGAGAUCAUCGCCCCCACCAAGCUCAAGGACCGCACGCACAACGUCACCGAGAAGGUCACCCAGGUGCUGUCGCUGGGCGCCGAUGUCCUCCCCGAGUACAAACUGCAGGCGCCGCGCAUCCACAAAUGGACCAUUCUGCACUACAGCCCCUUCAAGGCCGUCUGGGAUUGGCUCAUCCUCCUCUUGGUCAUCUACACGGCCAUCUUCACCCCCUACUCGGCCGCCUUCCUCCUCAACGACCAGGAGGAGGUCCAGCGCCACCACUGCGGCUACUCCUGCAGCCCCCUCAACGUGGUGGACCUCAUCGUGGACAUCAUGUUCAUCAUCGACAUCCUCAUCAACUUCCGCACCACCUACGUCAACUCCAACGAGGAGGUGGUCAGCCACCCGGCCAAGAUCGCCAUCCACUACUUCAAGGGUUGGUUCCUCAUCGAUAUGGUCGCCGCCAUCCCCUUCGACCUCCUCAUCUUUGGCUCCGGCUCCGAGGAGACCACCACGCUGAUCGGGCUGCUGAAGACGGCGCGGCUGCUGCGGUUGGUGCGCGUGGCGCGUAAGCUGGACCGCUACUCGGAGUACGGGGCGGCCGUGCUCUUCCUGCUGAUGUGCACCUUCGCGCUCAUCGCCCACUGGCUGGCGUGCAUCUGGUACGCCAUCGGCAACGUGGAGGGGCAGCGCAUCGGCUGGCUGCACUCGCUCGGCGAGCAGAUCGGCAAACCGCUCAACGGCAGCGACCCCCUCUGCGGCCCCACCAUCAAAGACAAAUACGUCACCGCCCUCUACUUCACCUUCAGCUCUCUCACCAGCGUCGGCUUCGGCAACGUCUCGCCCAACACCAACUCCGAGAAGAUCUUCUCCAUCUGCGUCAUGCUCAUCGGCUCGCUGAUGUACGCCAGCAUCUUCGGCAACGUCUCGGCCAUCAUCCAGCGCCUCUACUCGGGCACCGCGCGGUACCACACGCAGAUGCUGCGCGUCCGCGAGUUCAUCCGCUUCCACCAGAUCCCAAACCCCCUCCGCCAGCGCCUGGAGGAGUAUUUCCAACACGCCUGGUCCUACACCAACGGCAUCGACAUGAACGCGGUGCUGAAGGGCUUCCCCGAGUGCCUGCAGGCCGACAUCUGCCUGCACCUCAACCGCAGCCUGCUGCAGAACUGCAAGCCCUUCAAGGGGGCCACCAAGGGCUGCCUGCGCGCCCUGGCCAUGAAGUUCAAGACCACGCACGCCCCGCCUGGGGACACGCUGGUCCACGCCGGCGACGUCCUCACGGCCCUCUACUUUAUCUCACGGGGCUCCAUUGAGAUCCUGCGCGGGGACGUGGUGGUGGCCAUCCUCGGUGAGUCAUGGGAUCGUGGGAUCGCUUGGUGGGGAAAGGCCUUGGAGGUUGUUGAGUCCAACCAUCCUUGUCCACCACUGAACCAUCCCUGAG